AUGGCAGUCGAGGAUUUCUCUAUGCGCCGUUUGGUGUUUCUUUUUGCCGCGGUUGUUCAGACGCGCCUCGUCGACGGAGAUCUGAGCUAUUCCCUUCCAGAGGAGAUGAAGGCUCCGUCUGUUGUUGGAAAUGUUGCCAAAGAUCUGGGUGUUGACCCGAGGACAUUGUCCGCACGACAUGCCCGUAUUGACGUUGAAGGGACACGUAAGCAGUAUUGUGAGAUGAAUCCGAGCUCCGGAGAUUUGAUCACUGCGGAGAGAAUUGACAGAGAAAGCCUUUGUGGGAAGAAAGCAUCUUGCGUUAUUAAAAUGGACCUGGUGUUUGAAAAUCCUCUGGAGCUUCAUCGCGUGAGUCUUCAUAUUCAAGAUGUAAAUGACAACGCUCCAAAAUUCAAAAAUAAUUUGAUUGAAAUGGAAAUAAGGGAGUCGGCAGAAAAGGGCAGUCGUUUUUCCAUUGAAAAGGCUCAUGAUGCAGACAUAGGACAAAACGCUGUUCAAAAUUACAACCUACAAAGAAAUGACAACUUUAUUCUCGCCGUCGACAACAACAAAGUUGAACUCGUUCUCGAAAAUAAGCUUGACCGAGAGAAGCAAAGUCAGAUGAAUUUGCUCCUGACCGCUUUGGAUGGCGGCUCCCCUCAGAGGUCAGGAACAGUCGUCAUCCACGUCACCGUGCUGGACGCGAAUGAUAACGCGCCGGUGUUCACCAAGGCCCUUUAUAAAGCCAGCCUGCCUGAAAACUCUCCUCCAGGUACAACCGUGAUGCAUGUUAGGGCGACUGAUGCUGAUCAAGGCGUAAAUGGAGAUGUGACGUAUGACUUCGGCCAUGUGUCUGACGAAGGUCAUUUAUUUUCUAUUGAUCCCGCAACGGGGGAAAUUAAAGUCACCGGUGUAAUUGAUUUUGAAGAAAGUGCUUCAUUUGAAAUUAGUGUACAAGCUAAAGACGGCUUGGGACUGACCUCCUAUGCUAAAGUUAGAAUAGAUAUUACUGACGUGAAUGACAACGCCCCGGUGAUAAAUAUCAAGUCGCUGACCGACCCGGUGGCGGAGAACGUGCCGCCCGGCACCGAGGUGGCCAUCGUUCACGUGCAGGACAGAGACUCUGAGCGGAACGGGCAGGUCCGCUGCUCCGUCCGACGAGACGUCCCCUUCCGCUUAGUUCCUUCCAUCAAGAACUAUUAUUCUCUGGUGACGAGCGGCCGGCUGGACCGCGAACUGGUGUCCGAUUACAACAUUACAAUCGGCGCCAGCGACGAGGGCUCUCCUCCUCUGUCCUCCCGGAAAAGUCUUCGCCUGUCCGUCGCCGACGUCAACGACAACCCGCCCGCGUUCGAGCGAGAGUCCUACAGCGCCUACGUGAGCGAAAACAACGAAGCCGGCUCGGCUUUGUGUCGGGUGAGCGCCCGAGACCCCGACCGGAGACAGAACGGCACGGUGGUUUAUUCUCUGUUGGCGGGCGCCGAGGUGAACGGCGCCCCGGCGUCCUCCUACGUAUCGGUGGACGGAGACACGGGGGCCGUCCGCGCCGCGGGCUCCUUGGAUUACGAAGACUUGAGGAGUUUUCGAGUCCACGUGGUGGCCAGAGACAAGGGUUCUCCUCCGCUGAGCAGCAACGUGAGCGUCAGCGUGUGGAUACGGGACGUGAACGACAACUCUCCUCAGAUACUGUACCCCGCCCCGGAGGGCGACUCCUUCGUGACCGAGCUGGUCCCCAAAGCUGCGCACGGAGGCUCCGUGGUGUCCAAAGUGAUAGCGGUGGACGCCGACUCCGGACAGAACGCCCGGCUGUCCUAUCAUAUAGUCAAGUCCACGGAUCCGGGACUUUUCGCCAUCGGUCUCCACAGUGGAGAGAUCAGGACCCGGCGGGACAUUUGCCAAUCUGACGGCGUGAAGCAGAACCUGAUGGUGGCGGUGAAAGAUAACGGACAGCCCCCUCUCUCCGCCACCUGCUCCGUGUAUUUACUUCUUUCCGAUAACUCGGCCGAGUUGCCGGAACUCAUGGACGUUUCCUCCGACGAGCGGGAGAAGAAUUCCAAAGUCACCUCUUAUCUGACGGUGGCGCUGGUGUCCGUGUCCGCCUUCUUUGUGACCUUCAUGGCGGCGGUCCUGGCUGGGAGCUUCUGCCGCAGGAGAAAGCCCAGACUGUCGUCGGACGGAGCGGUCGCCGUCCCCGGCGCGUACCUCCCUCCUAAUUACGCAGAUGUCGGCGGCGCCUACGACUACGACGCCUACUUGACGACGGGCUCCAGGACCAGCGACUUCAACUUUGUGCGUUCCUACGACGACGACACGCUGCCCGCUGACCGCGCGCUCGCGAAGAAUCCCAGCGACUUCGAUGACGAGCUUCGCGAUUCUUUCGACCCUCUUGAGCCACUUCCUGCUUUAGAAGAGAAAUCAUAG